AUGGGCAAGUCCUCCAAGGACAAGCGCGACGCCUACUACCGGCUCGCCAAGGAGCAGAACUGGCGCGCACGCUCUGCUUUCAAGCUGAUCCAGAUCGACGAGCAAUUCGACCUCUUCGCACAUGCAGAUCCGGAUAGCGUGACUCGCGUCGUCGAUCUCUGUGCUGCACCGGGCAGCUGGAGCCAGGUGCUCAGCCGCGUGCUGAUCAAGGGAGAGAGCUUCGGACGACGGGCGUGGCUGGAAAAGAGACGGCGGGAGAAGAAGGCCCUGGAACGGCUGGAGAAAGGGGCAGAAGCCGAAGCAGAAGAAGAUGAGAGUGAAGACGAGUCGACGGUUCUCAAGCCCAGGAAAAAUGUCAAGAUCGUCUCUAUCGACCUCCAGCCGAUGGCCCCGCUGGAGGGCAUCACUACCCUGAAGGCGGACAUUACCCAUCCGUCGACGAUCCCUCUCCUCCUUCGUGCUCUGGACCCUGAAGACUACGACGAGAAUACUACAUCUCCGUCUACAUCAAAGCAGACUUUUGCCUCUCGCCACCCUCACCCCGUCGAUCUGGUCCUGUCCGACGGCGCGCCGGACGUGACAGGCCUCCACGAUCUUGAUAUAUACAUCCAGUCGCAGCUGCUCUACUCAGCUCUGAACCUGGCCAUCGGCGUGCUUCGUCCCGGCGGCAAGUUCGUCGCCAAGAUCUUCCGUGGGCGCGACGUCGACCUGAUCUACGCGCAGCUGCGGACGGUCUUUGAGAAGGUGUCGGUCGCCAAGCCGCGCAGCAGUCGCGCCAGCAGUCUCGAGGCAUUCGUUGUCUGUGAGGGCUUCAUUCCCCCAGAGACUAGUCAAGGGAGCGGGAUACGCGCCCUCCAGAAUCCGCUGUUCGGCGGCGCUGCCGCACCUAAGCUCAAUGAAGACGGCACAGUAGGAGUCGAGAUUCCUGACGAAGCCGAACAGGAGGAGCAACAAUCCGAAAUGGAGCCGUCAGCCACAGACAUGACGCACACUGGCCCCAACCAUCUGACGCAGACUCGGGUGUUGAAACCCUUGACAGAUCCAGCUGACCUCCGCCCACCGCACGAGUCGCGCUGGAUUCCCCCAUUCAUAGCCUGCGGAGACCUGUCCUCGUGGGAUUCAGACGCCUCUUACUCCUUGCCAGAAGGCCAUGUCAGCCUGGAUCCCGUACAGCCUCCCACAGCGCCUCCGUAUCGAAGAGCGCUGGAGUUGAGGCGGGAAAAGGGCGGUGCCUACGGAAAGACCAAGCUAGGUACUAUAGGGCGUGCCUGA